ACAUCAGGGCUGGCGAUGGCCACGUUUGCAGGUGCUGUAUAUAAGGGCCAGAGCCAGGCAGCAGCCGGUCAGUGCAGGAGCCUCCUCCCAUCCAGCCCAGUGAUGCUGCCCGGCCUCCUCUUCCUCCUGGGGCUGCCGCUCACCCUCGCAUCCCCAACUUGUGCCCCACUCAUCCCGGUCACCUUCGACAAUGCCACCAUCCCUAGGCUCCUGGGACACUGGAUCUACAUCGCCGGUGCCUCCCGGUACCCGCCUCACCUGGAGGAGCUGAGAGCCCUGAAGCACGCGGCUUUCUCCUUCUCUCCCAGCAGCCACGAGGACGAGCUCAGCACCACUGAAAUCAUGCGUCUGAAUGAGACGUGCGUGGAGAGGAACACCAGCAAGGUCCUGGUCUUUCGGGACAACUCCACCUUGGCGCAUGUCGAUGACCAAGUGUUUGCCAUGGCCAAACUGAUCCAAAGCGACAAGGACCUGCUGAUCCUCAACCAUCUCAAUGAUGAGUUCCCAAGUCUGAGCCUCUCAGCACGGACGCCCAACGUGAGCAAGGAGCAGCUGGAGGAGUUCAGAUCCCACCUGCACUGCCUGGGCCUCACCGAGGAGGACAUCUUCAUGACCUCUGAGAAGGAUGCCUGUCCCCUGCCCUGGGAGAAGAAGGGUGAAGGAGAUGCAGAGCCACAGCUGAAAUAACCCCCAUGGGCCACUCCAUCCUCAUCCUCCUCCGGUCCC